AUGAGGAAACAUCUGGGAGCUUGGUGGUUGGCCAUUGCCUUCGUCUUGCUCCUUAGCGAUCUCUCCAUGAUCACAGCGAGAGGUAUAAAGCACAGAAUCAAGUGGAACCGCAAGGCCCUGACCAGCACCGUCCACGUCACCGAGGCUCAAGUGAGUGACACCCGCCCAGGAGCCUUCAUCAGGCACGGCCAAAAGCUCGACAUCGACUUCGGAGCCGAAGGCAAUAGGUACUACGAGGCCAACUAUUGGCGAUUCCCUGACGGAAUUCACUAUGACGGCUGCUCUGAGGCCAACGUGACCAAGGAGAUGUUCGUCACCAGCUGCAUCAACACCACGCAGGCGGAGAACCAGGCAGAGUUCUCACGGGAGAAGCAGGACAACAAGCUUUUCCAGCGCAUCUUGUGGAGGCUGAUCAGGGAGCUAUGCUCUGUCAAGCACUGCGAUUCUUGGCUGGAACGGGAUGGAGGACUCAGGGUCAGCCUGGAUCAGCCGGUGAUGCUCUGCCUGCUGAUUGUCAUUUGUUUUAUUGUAAAAUAA